UCCUCUCCUUUUUCUCACGAGAUUUUCGAAUUGUGUAUUAAUAUCUUUGAAUGUUUUUCUCCGUGAAAAAAUUGUCACUUUAGUCAACACAUUUUAAUAAUGAUAUCAGUGUUAUCAAUGUCCUUAAUCGGUACAUUUUAAUCAUAUUUGCAAUUCAUUUUGAUAUUUGAGAGACUAUUUCUUUCACCAACAGUAGAAACUGCGAUCAAAAUUGUUCAAACCAGCAUAAUAUUCUUCCUUGAAUUUUUUUUUUGUACUUUUCUGAGAUAUUUAAGUUUUGAAUAAGCUUAACCGGUAGUAUGGUGGGUACAUAAAAAACAAAAGACUAUUAAAUCGAUCAGAUGGAGCAAUACGACGUACUGGAGCAAAUUGGGAAAGGGGCUUUUGGUUCUGCCCUUCUUGUCAGGCAUAAACACGAAAAGAAGAAGUAUGUACUGAAAAAGAUUCGUCUUGCUCGUCAGACUGAAAGGUCUCGAAGAUCUGCACAUCAGGAGAUGGAGCUCAUAUCUAAAUUGCGAAAUCCAUUCAUUGUAGAGUACAAAGAUUCGUGGGUAGAAAAGGGUUGCUAUGUAUGCAUUAUUAUAGGCUACUGUGAAGGAGGAGACAUGGCAGAAGCUAUUAAGAAGACCAAUGGAAUCCUUUUUCCUGAAGAGAAGCUCUGUAAGUGGCUGGUUCAACUCCUCAUGGCAGUUGACUACUUGCACGUUAAUCAUAUUCUUCAUCGUGAUGUUAAGUGUUCAAAUAUAUUCUUGACAAAAAAUCAAGAUAUACGUCUAGGUGAUUUUGGACUAGCCAAAAUACUGACCUCAGAUGACCUUGCUUUGUCUGUUGUGGGAACACCCAGCUAUAUGUGUCCUGAGCUUCUUGCUGAUAUACCUUAUGGCUCAAAGUCAGAUAUUUGGUCUCUAGGAUGCUGUAUAUAUGAAAUGGCUAGUCUAAAACCAGCAUUUAAAGCAUUUGAUAUUCAAGCACUAAUUAACAAAAUUAACAAGUCAAUAGUAGCUCCCCUUCCGACAAAGUACUCAAGUGAAUUUCGAGGUCUCGUUAAAAGCAUGCUGCGGAAAAAUCCAGAAUUUAGGCCAAGUGCUGCAGAGUUGCUUGGUCAUCCACACCUUCAGCCUUACGUUCUUAAGGUUCAUCUCAAACUUAAUAACCCCAGGCGUAGUAGUUUAUCUGUCCAAAGGCCUCAAUCCAACUACUCUAGGAAAACAAGAUUUUCAGAGCCAGAAGUUCAUUACUCCAAUUUUCAAGAGAAGCGGCAUUCAUUUAACAAUGAUAGGACAUUGAAUCCGAGUAUAUCUGGAGAAUCUGUUGGAGACUCUCAUAAAGAGGUUGCCACUCCCAUUAAGAGGACAAUCACUUCCAAAACAUCAAGUACGGCAAAGACUUCAAGAUUUACGCCAUCAAAAGCUUCUGCCACUCCCAAGAGAUGGAUGGAACCCCUUAAGCGUGGAUCGGUUUCACAUACUCAAAAGAAAUCCGUGUCAACAAUUCGCCGUGCUUCGUUGCCAAUGUCAACCGGAACUAGAGGUCAACAAUCUGAUAGCAGGUCCACUGCGGGCAUCCUCCAUUGUAUAGAAUCUCCUGAUGUCUCUGUUAAUUCUCCUAGAAUUGAUAGGAUAGCCGAAUUCCCAUUAGCUUCAUAUGAUCUUGGUGAUCGUUCUAUCACGAAAGACAAAUGCACGGUUCAGAUCUCUGACAGAACAAAGGCCAGUUAUGCUGAUGCAUGGCAAGGAAUUCAACGCAGCAUCUUCAAGACUGAAAGGGGAGAAUUAAGUGAUGCAGGCUCUGAUCUAAAUGCCACUGCUGGAGCAUCAAGUCGCACCUCAUCAGACUUGAGGCGACACCGGUUUGAUACUCGGUCGUUCCAGCAAAGAGCUGAAGCUUUGGAAGGGUUACUUGAAUUCAGUGCAAGAUUGCUUUGCCAGUCAAGAUAUGAAGAACUGGGGGUUUUACUGAAACCUUUCGGGCCUGGUAAGGUCUCCCCAAGGGAAACUGCGAUUUGGUUAACGAAAAGCAUCAAGGAAAAUACAACCAAGCAGGAGGUUUGAUACCAAUAUUCGUUUUGCCUUAUGUAUCAUAAUCGUAACCACAACUACUUUAGUCUAUUGGUAAGCCUUUAGUUUAGCAAUUUUUUUUUUCUUUUGUUAAACAGGAAUUAGCCGCUUAGAUUUUAAUUUUUCUCGUUAUAAUUACUGAGUUGUGAAUCGGAUAUUGUAGGUAACUGAUUCAAAAAUUCUUUUAGCUCGUCAAAUGGGACAACUAAGUAGAAGUUCUAGAAAUUGUAUCUAAUCGUUUUAAUUCUGCAAUUUUGCUUGCAGUUUAGCUGAAUCAUAUUCAGUGGAGAUGUAAUAUUGCUCCUUCUGCCUUUUAUUCCUCUUUUC